UCCAACUGCAACAGCUCAAUCUUCUACAACUGCAGCUGUGAACCCCACAACAAUGCCUGUAUUCUCUGCACCUCCAACAGAAUUUGCAUCUCAAAGCACAAAAACGUUGUCUUUAGCAACCACUGAAACGACUGCGCCAACAAUUAUAAUUGUAACUCAAGAAACCACUAUGCCAUUGUCAAUGUCAGCAGCUGCUGCUACAAUUGCAUCAACUCAAACAACAGCAGUCGUGGCAAGCAAACUGAUAUUCAACUCCUCAUCUCCAGUGCCAAGUGAAUCUCUGGUCCUCAGUGCUAUCAAUACUCUCCGUAAUUCUAGAGAAUCAGAGCUCAAUGAAUUGGUAAAGGUGGUGAAUGUCACCUAUGAGAAAAUCUCAGAAACUUCCUAUGCUGUGGUCUUUACUUUCAACGUGAUUAACAUCAGCAUGCCAGAGGACCCUGUGUCUAGAGGCAAAACCACCCAGCAAGUGCAAGAUACCAUCAAUAAUGCGCUGAACACUCUUCUGAAUGAACCUGGCAGUCCAACUUUACAACCCAAGACCGCCAACUUCACGAGCACUUCAAACCAGAUUAAUGGCAGGAUGGAAUACAGCUUCCAGGAUGGAGAUGUCAUACAACCAGUCAGCUUCCUCAAUGAGCUACGUCAACCAACCACAACAACAGUGUUUCCAGAAACAACAGCCAGUGUUUCUGUUACUACUCCCAACCUCAUAUCUGGUUCAGCAGUGGUCACAAGCAAGCUGGUGUUCAACUCCUCAUCUCCAGUGCCCAGUGAAUCUCUGGUCCUCAGUGCUAUCAAUACUCUCCUUCAUUCCAGAGAGUCACAGCUCAAUGAAUCGGUGAAGGUGCUGAAUGUCACCUAUGAGAAAAUCUCAGAAACUUCCUAUGCUGUGGUCUUUACUUUCAACGUGAUUAACAUCAGCAUGCCAGAGGACCCUGUGUCUAGAGGCAAAACCACCCAGCAAGUGCAAGAUACCAUCAAUAAUGCGCUGAACACUCUUCUGAAUGAACCUGGCAGUCCAACUUUACAACCCAAGACCGCCAACUUCACGAGCACUUCAAACCAGAUUAAUGGCAGGAUGGAAUACAGCUUCCAGGAUGGAGAUGUCAUACAACCAGUCAGCUUCCUCAAUGAGCUACGUCAACCAACCACAACAACAGUGUUUCCAGAAACAACAGCCAGUGUUUCUGUUACUACUCCCAACCUCAUAUCUGGUUCAGCAGUGGUCACAAGCAAGCUGGUGUUCAACUCCUCAUCUCCAGUGCCCAGUGAAUCUCUGGUCCUCAGUGCUAUCAAUACUCUCCUUCAUUCCAGAGAGUCACAGCUCAAUGAAUCGGUGAAGGUGCUGAAUGUCACCUAUGAGAAAAUCUCAGAAACUUCCUAUGCUGUGGUCUUUACUUUCAACGUGAUUAACAUCAGCAUGCCAGAGGACCCUGUGUCUAGAGGCAAAACCACCCAGCAAGUGCAAGAUACCAUCAAUAAUGCGCUGAACACUCUUCUGAAUGAACCUGGGAGUCCAACUUUACAACCCAAGACCGCCAACUUCACGAGCACUUCAAACCAGAUUGAUGGCAAGAUGGAAUACAGCUUCCAGGAUGGAGAUGUCAUACAACCAGUCAGCUUCCUCAAUGAGCUACGUCAACCAACCACUACAACAGUUUUUCCAGAAACAACAGCCAUUCCAAUAUCUGGUUCAGCAGUGGUCACAAGCAAGCUGGUGUUCAACUCCUCAUCUCCAGUGCCCAGUGAAUCUCUGGUCCUCAGUGCUAUCAAUACUCUCCGUCAUUCCAGAGAGUCACAGCUCAAUGAAUCGGUGAAGGUGCUGAAUGUCACCUAUGAGAAAAUCUCAGAAACUUCCUAUGCUGUGGUCUUUACUUUCAACGUGAUUAACAUCAGCAUGCCAGAGGACCCUGUGUCUAGAGGCAAAACCACCCAGCAAGUGCAAGAUACCAUCAAUAAUGCGCUGAACACUCUUCUGAAUGAACCUGGGAGUCCAACUUUACAACCCAAGACCGCCAACUUCACGAGCACUUCAAACCAGAUUAAUGGCAGGAUGGAAUACAGCUUCCAGGAUGGAGAUGUCAUACAACCAGUCAGCUUCCUCAAUGAGCUACGUCAACCAACCACAACAACAGUGUUUCCAGAAACAACAGCCAGUGUUUCUGUUACUACUCCCAACCUCAUAUCUGGUUCAGCAGUGGUCACAAGCAAGCUGGUGUUCAACUCCUCAUCUCCAGUGCCCAGUGAAUCUCUGGUCCUCAGUGCUAUCAAUACUCUCCUUCAUUCCAGAGAGUCACAGCUCAAUGAAUCGGUGAAGGUGCUGAAUGUCACCUAUGAGAAAAUCUCAGAAACUUCCUAUGCUGUGGUCUUUACUUUCAACGUGAUUAACAUCAGCAUGCCAGAGGACCCUGUGUCUAGAGGCAAAACCACCCAGCAAGUGCAAGAUACCAUCAAUAAUGUGCUGAACACUCUUCUGAAUGAACCUGGCAGUCCAACUUUACAACCCAAGACCGCCAACUUCACGAUCACUUCAAACCAGAUUGUUGGACAGAUGGAAUACAGUUUCCAGGAUGGAGAUGUCAUACAACCAGUCAGCUUCCUCAAUGAGCUACGUCAACCAACCACUACUACAGUGUUUCCAGAAACAACAUUUGGUUUCUCUGUGACUCCUUCAAACCUCAUAUCUGGUUCAGCAGUGGUCACAAGCAAGCUGGUGUUCAACUCCUCAUCUCCAGUGCCCAGUGAAUCUCUGGUCCUCAGUGCUAUCAAUACUCUCCUUCAUUCCAGAGAGUCACAGCUCAAUGAAUCGGUGAAGGUGCUGAAUGUCACCUAUGAGAAAAUCUCAGAAACUUCCUAUGCUGUGGUCUUUACUUUCAACUUGAUUAACAUCAGCAUGCCAGAGGACCCUGUGUCUAGAGGCAAAACCACCCAGCAAGUGCAAGAUACCAUCAAUAAUGCGCUGAACACUCUUCUGAAUGAACCUGGCAGUCCAACUUUACAACCCAAGACCGCCAACUUCACGAUCACUUCAAACCAGAUUGUUGGACAGAUGGAAUACAGCUUCCAGGAUGGAGAUGUCAUACAACCAGUCAGCUUCCUCAAUGAGCUACGUCAACCAACCACUACUACAGUGUUUCCAGAAACAACAUUUGGUUUCUCUGUGACUCCUUCAAACCUCAUAUCUGGUUCAGCAGUGGUCACAAGCAAGCUGGUGUUCAACUCCUCAUCUCCAGUGCCCAGUGAAUCUCUGGUCCUCAGUGCUAUCAAUACUCUCCUUCAUUCCAGAGAGUCACAGCUCAAUGAAUCGGUGAAGGUGCUGAAUGUCACCUAUGAGAAAAUCUCAGAAACUUCCUAUGCUGUGGUCUUUACUUUCAACUUGAUUAACAUCAGCAUGCCAGAGGACCCUGUGUCUAGAGGCAAAACCACCCAGCAAGUGCAAGAUACCAUCAAUAAUGCGCUGAACACUCUUCUGAAUGAACCUGGCAGUCCAACUUUACAACCCAAGACCGCCAACUUCACGAGCACUUCAAACCAGAUUAAUGGCAGGAUGGAAUACAGCUUCCAGGAUGGAGAUGUCAUACAACCAGUCAGCUUCCUCAAUGAGCUACGUCAACCAACCACAACAACAGUGUUUCCAGAAACAACAGCCAGUGUUUCUGUUACUACUCCCAACCUCAUAUCUGGUUCAGCAGUGGUCACAAGCAAGCUGGUGUUCAACUCCUCAUCUCCAGUGCCCAGUGAAUCUCUGGUCCUCAGUGCUAUCAAUACUCUCCUUCAUUCCAGAGAGUCACAGCUCAAUGAAUCGGUGAAGGUGCUGAAUGUCACCUAUGAGAAAAUCUCAGAAACUUCCUAUGCUGUGGUCUUUACUUUCAACGUGAUUAACAUCAGCAUGCCAGAGGACCCUGUGUCUAGAGGCAAUACCACCCAGCAAGUGCAAGAUACCAUCAAUAAUGCGCUGAACACUCUUCUGAAUGAACCUGGCAGUCCAACUUUACAACCCAAGACAUCCAACUUCACGAUCACUUCAAACCAGAUUGAUGGCAAGAUGGAAUACAGCUUCCAGGAUGGAGAUGUCAUACAACCAGUCAGCUUCCUCAAUGAGCUACGUCAACCAACCACUACAACAGUGUUUCCAGAAACAACAGCCAUCUUCACAACAGCCAGCACUCUGACAACCAGUACAACUUCUCCACCAACAUUGUUGGGAAAAGUUUAUAUAAAUAUUAAAUUGGUGUUUAUCACAUUGGGCCAAAUACCAAGUGAAGCCAGCAUUCUACAGUUGGCCAAAUCUUUGAUUAGCCCACGUUACAGCACUAAAGAAUUCUCAACACGAACCCAGGAUGCGAGCCUUUUGAAUGUCACCUAUACAAGAAUUAAUGAUACAUCCUAUGCUCUCACAUUUGGAUUUGAAAUCAGCAAUAUAUCCAUGUCUGAGAAAAUUGAACUAAGGAAUGAAACUUACACUUCAAUCAAAAGCACUAUAAAUGGAUUACUUAACGAAAUCCUAAAAGACCCCUCAGCUUCUCAGUUUGAUCUCCAUCAUGUUGAAUUCAAGGAUAAUAGCACAGUGAUUCUUGCCAGUGUUCAGUAUGUUUUCUCAGAAAGUGACUUGAACACAAAUAGCACCUUUGUCAAGGAAAUAUUCAAAGCGAAUGAAGGUAUUACCACAUCCACACCUGCUAUGUCACACUUUAUAUUUUUAAUGACAGCCAGCACUCUGACAACACCUUCUCCACCGAACUUGCUUGGGAAGGUGAUCAUAUACAUCAAGCUUGUGUUUAGAACACGGGGUGCUAUACCAAGUCAGACUGAUGUUUUAAAUCUAGCAAACAGUCUGUUGAAUCGAAUGAAAAUGAGAACUAAACGAGACCUUACAACAAAAGAUUUGACUGAACUUGUGAGCUUUGUAAAUGUCACCUAUACAAAAAUUGAUGAUUACUCCUUCUCCCUUAACUUUGGAUUUGAAAUCAGCAAUGUGUCCAUGCCUCAGAACCUUGAAUUCAGGAAUGAGACCUACCAAGUGAUCCAGAAAUAUAUGAAUUCAUUUGUAUCCACAAUCCUAAAUAAAACAACAACUACUGACUUUAAUUUCAAUCAAAUAGUUUUCAAGGGUAAUUCCACCGUGAUUGAGGCCAAUGUAGAGUAUGUUUUUACAGACAGUGACAUCGGUAGUUUCAGCUUGGUCACAACUUUGCUCGGACUUACUACAACAGCCGCUCCAACCACCUUUUACCCCACAAUUCUGCACACUACCAUCUCAAACAACAGUACUAAUGCAGCUUGGGUUGUGGCUAUCAUUGUCCCCUGUGCUAUUAUCAUCGGGCUUAUACCUUGCUGGAUUCUUCUUUGCUGUUUGCUGUGUGGUUGCUGUGCAGCAAUCAGAAGACGUUGGCACAGAAGACGGUCAUACAAUGUGCAGUACACCACUCGAAACAGUCUCUUCUAGAGAUAUUCAAGAACAAACUUUAAAUGCUUAAAAGUGUAUUAAUUUUCCUGUAUUGCUGGGCAUACAGGACAUCUCCAAAUGUGAUACAACUGUGAUUUAGAAAAAAAAAAAACUAUUUAAGGAAUUAUUUUAUUUAUUUGAAAAUGAUGUUAUGUAAAGUAAUGAUAAUCUUGUUUACUGAAUGAAAGAUUUAUUUGGUAGCAUGUAUCUAAUGUUAUGGGACAAAUGUAGAAUGGGUUUAUUUACACUUCAUGUACUUUAUCUUUAUCUAAAAUAAUAUAUUUUACCCUGAUGACCAUUCCACAAUUCAUAUUAUGAGACUGUGUAGUUAAAAGCUGUAAUUUAAUAAUAAU